AUGUUACACACGUGCUUGAUGCUGCUCGCCCUGUGGCCGGCGCUCCUUGGACCGCCCGCCCCCUUCACUCCCCACGGGGGCGAGGGCACGGACGGAUCUGAGCCCGUGUACAGAGUCCAGAGUGACUUUGACUAUCAGUCCAUUGCGUUGGCAUUGUAUCAAGAGUGGAUUGAGCUCGACCUCUUCCACUGGGGGCUCGCGACCUUCUCUGUCAAGGACUUUGAAGCCGCCGGUCUCAAGGCCGAGGAUCGCUUUCUACUCGAGUUCAUGGCCAACCAGGAGGUGGGCCAUGCAAAAGCCUUGACAAAUAUGCUCGGACGGCAAGCACCACGGCAAUGCUCAUACAAUUAUCCCGUCCGCAAUGUGCGCGAGUAUAUCGACUUCUGCCAGAAACUCACUCGCUGGGGCGAGGCUGGAGUUUACGGCUUCAUCAACCACCUCAACGCGCGCGAGGUCGGCCAAAUUCUGAUUCAAAGUAUCACAACCGAGGCCCGUCAGCAGAUGAUCUUUCGACAAUUCGAGGGCCUCUUUCCCAUGCCAGAGUGGUUCGAGGUCGGGAUCCCGCAGUCCUGGGCCUGGACGCUGCUUGCGCCCUACAUCUCGUCCUGUCCUGCGCAUCAGACGAGACUUGUUUGGCAAAACAUGCCCUCGUUGCGCAUCCUAAACCAGCCCAAUCCAUCACGUGUGCACGGCGAGCGCGAUUGGGAUGAGACGACUGGCGGAUACGCGAACACCCUGAGCACGGCGAAUGUACCCAGCGAAGAUGAUUGCCUGAAGGCGACUCGCCAAGGAGAACGUUGCGAGCCAGCCAUCACCAACAACAGAACCCACCCUUUGUCGUACCCAGGGCGCCGGGUCUUCUUCGAAUGGGACGAGCCCGGAAAGGCGAUUGGGCCCAACAACAGCUACGUGACUUCCACCACAGUCACACAUCCUGAAUUUGCGGCUUGGGUAACGCAACUCAACGUCACGUAUACGCCAUUGCACAACGUCUCGCAAGGGAUUGCCUACACUAUCCAACCAAACACAUCAACAUUUGAAGGGGACCCCGCAGUGAACGGCACCAUCUUCAUUGCCUUGACGGAUCUUGACCUUUACGUCACCCCCUUCAACUUGACAAUGCUGAAUCCACAUGUGGCUGCCCUCGGACUAUAUCAGGCUGGAUAG